AUGAGGGCCAGCUGUAAUGGCUGCCGAAUCCUUCGCAAGGGAUGCAGUGAGGCCUGCACCAUCAGGCCCUGCCUGGAGUGGAUCAAGAGCGCCGAGUCCCAGGCGAACGCUACCGUCUUCCUCGCCAAAUUCUACGGCCGUGCCGGGCUCCUUAACCUCAUCAAUGCUGGCCCUGAUCACCUCCGCCCAGGUACGAUCCAGAGGCUUCGCUGCUGAAACAGUAAUCUAUGGAUUCUUACGAUUAAACGAGAUGGGUGUACACUGCACACCGUCCUCAUUCGUCGCAUCCCUCAAACCCUAAGAACGGGGAGUGGCCAGAAAAGGAUCUAAUCGGAGGCUUUUCGUGAGGAUGCAGCUAUCUUCCGAUCACUACUCUACGAGGCAUGUGGCCGGAUCGUCAACCCUAUCUACGGUUCCGUCGGACUCCUCUGGUCAGGGAGAUGGCAAUUCUGCCAGGCUGCCGUCGAAGCCGUCUUUAAGGGCGGGCCAAUCAUGCAGGUACCCGCUGACUGCGACUCCGAAACCCAAGCUGCUUUUCUCCAGAGGGUUUCGUCCUUCGACAUCCGCCACGUCUCCAAGGCCGCAGGGGGCACCUCCGGCUUCGAUCUCAAUAAGGUCAACAAGGCCACCCGCGCCCGCUUCAAGCGGUCGGGUAACCGCAUCUCGGAGGUCCUCUCCAACCCCGCUACAGAUUCCACUAGCUUCCGGUGGUGCCACCCCGCUGAAUAUUGGCUGGAGCCGAGCAAAGACACCGCCUCCGGCGCUGUGGAGGUUAUAUUGGUCCCCGCCGAAGCUGUGGCGGGGGAAAGCCGGGAGAACGAGAGCAUCUUAUCUCUGGAGACGGUGGAGGCGUCUACGGUGGCGAGCCAGAGCGACGUGGAGCUGGAGCUGACGCUGGGCUACGAGACCGUGCACCAACACCACAGUCCAUUCCGCGGAAGCAGCAGCAGCAGCAGCAGCGGUAGCUUCGGCCGCCGUGCGGAGGACAGCCCGAUGAGAGUUGAGGCAGCGUCUCAACGGUGCCCUCGCGGGGCCUUUGACGGUGCUGCCGGAGGUUCAGAUAGGGUGGAUCUGGGGCUUAAUCUGCCUGCCUGA